CUUAGUUACUACCUAUGGCUUCAACGGUAAUAUGUAAUUUCGAAUGCCUCCCUAUAGAUGUGUAGAGUCGAGAAAGCGAACACAAGCUUACAGUUAACUCAAAAUUAUAAUUGUAGAUAGUAAAAAGAGGUAUAACCAGAGACAUCGUCAACAAUGAGAGACGCUCUUCGAGACUGGCGACAUUCACUACGGGGGCGUCAAACACGGGCUGCAAAGAAGAGAACUCCCCUUGAUUCUUCGUCGCAGCGACCGCAUCCUCAGCCGCCAGGACCAAGCCAUGAGGGUAAAAUAAAUCCGUCCCAACGGACGUCUAGGACUAAAAUCCGACCACGCGGUUCCGUGAAUCGGUUACUUGACAGACUCGGAAGUCUAACUCUUGGGCCAAAUGGGUCUCAACCCACUAUCAAGACCACCACGCUAGUCGAGGACCAACCUAUGCCUGACGCUCCUGAUGUUCCAGGGCCGCCACCUGUUCCCGCGCCACCACAUGCUCGGCCGGUGUAUCCUAUUCCAAGCCCACCGCCUAUUCCAGCGCCAUCGGAUAACCCAGUGCCACCGCCAGUAGCUCAAAAUGAGUUGGCCCCGGACCAGGGAUGGGCUGGUGCUAUGAGACCCCCGGGCGAUCCCGGAUUUGAGGCCGCAUCUCGAGCUGUCCAAGUCUCUGAGAACGGAUUCAACCAACCCCAAUCAGGCACCGAGUGGGCCGAAGUGCCGAAGCGUAAAACCGACGUAACCAAGCAAGUCGAACCGGGCUGGUUCUACCAAAACGCUGAGGGCUGGGGGUCAGACGCAAGCCGGUUCAAGGAGUACCAUAGUGAAGGCGGUAAGAUCAUCAAUCUCGAAGACGAGGACGAUGACGAUGACGACGAUGACGAUGACGAUGAGAAUGAGAAUGAGGAUGAGGACGAGGAAACGGAUUGGGGGCAGGGCCCAACAGAACGGUGGAUGGAGAACUUUGCUCCAAAUAAGUUCGCAGACAGAGAUUAUGUUGGCUCAAACGAGCCAGAUGAUCCCGAAGUGUGUGUGAGGAAUUCCGAUGAAGACAUAAUGACUUUCGGUAUAGGCGAUACUGGUUUCCAAUCAUAACUGAGUCCUCUUUAAGCCAUUCUGCAGCUAUGGCCAAGAAUAUACGUCUCGAGUAUCUUUACACGCUGUUGCAUACAAACACUAACAGGUAAUAGAGCUCGAAUUUCUCCUCGC